GAAAUAAAAGAAAAGGAAGGGAAAAGAAGAAAGGGGUAGGAAAGCGUUGGGUCUUAAUGAUUGCGUGCAGGUGAUUAUGUUCCCGGAUGCUUGCGUCAGGUCAGAGGAAAAUUGGUUUUACAGCUCGCUGUCCAGGAGUAGAAGGCGCGAGAGGAGCUAGGCUUUGUCCUCUAGCAGCGAGACGGGUUUGAAGUCUAGAAGGACCCCGUGUGGUUGGUUGCAGGCCUGGGAAGAAUAGCCAUGUCCGUGAAUGCAACUGCCCAGCAGAAUCAGACUGCAGUAGCUGGGCAGGGUGCCCAGGCACAGGGUGAUGUGGCCUUUAGUGAUGUGGCUAUCUACUUCUUGAGGGAGGAAUGGAGACUACUUGAUGACUCUCAGAGGCGUCUGUACCACCAGGUGAUGAUGGAGGUCUUCGUUCUCAUGUCAUCAUCAGGACUUAUAUCUUCUGGGACUGACAUCACUCAGCUGGAGUCUUUAGGAGAUGACGUCAUCCCUGCCCUGGCAUUUUUGACUCCAAGAGUGGAGCUUGCAAAGAUACCUUGUGAGCAGACGCUUUCAACGACAGAUGGAGGAGAGCACCAACAGCAGCAGCUGAGCAGUGCUGAGAAACCCUUACUAAGAGCAGAGAGCAGAAUUCCAGUUACAAAGAGAAACAGAAGUGACCUAUCAGAGAAGACUUUACAAAGCACAGACAAUACAAUGGACUCCCACAGUCUCUCAGCACGGCUCGGGCGUCACGUGACCCACAGUGCUGGGGAGCGACCCAGGAGCACCAAGAGAGGAAAGGCCACCCACAGUGAGAAGAGGAAUUGCAAAUGUUGCGACUGUGGAAAGUCCUUCAAUUGUAAGUCGCUGCUUAUUCGACACCGGAGGAUACACACUGGAGAAAAGCCUUUUAAGUGUAGUGAAUGUGAGAAGUCCUUCAUCCAAAAGGCUGAUCUGAAUCAACACUUGAAAGUUCACACUGGAGAAAAGCCCUUUAGAUGCAGCGAAUGUGGAAAAAAAUUCAAACACCACCGCUCCCUUGUUGGGCAUAAAAGACUUCACACUGGAGAAAAACCUUAUAAAUGCAAGCAGUGUGGGGAAUCGUACAUGAACAGGUCCAGCCUCAUACAUCAUUAUCUGGUUCAUACUGGAGAAAAGCCUUACAAAUGCAGCGAAUGUGGAAAAUUAUUUAAAGAGAAAUCCAGCCUCGUUUAUCAUGCCCGAGUGCACACGGGAGAAAGGCCUUUUGGGUGCAGCCAGUGUAAGAAGUGUUUCAAAAAAAACUCGCACCUCGUGAAACACCAAAAAGUUCACAGCAGGGGAAAACCCUUUAAGUGUAAUGUGUGUGGGAGAUUCUUUACCAUGAGGUACAGCCUCGUCAAACAUCAGAGAUUUCACACUGCAGAAAAGCAUCAUGAGUGCAAGGAAUGUGGAAAAGUGUUUUGCUACAGGACUGGACUUUCUAGACACCGUAAGAUUCACACUAAAAAGAGUAUUGAUUGUAAUGAGCGUGAGAAAUAGUUCCCAUGAUCUACCCUAUCUACACAAGAGAACGUUCAGUGGACAAAGGUCAAAAGUGCUUCAAAUGUGGAGAACCUUCACCCACACUUCCAUCCUGUUUAACACUAAGAGGCCAGAGGUCUGGUAUACAUCGUGAACCCACCGAUUCUGGGAAGGCCUUUGAGCAAAGUCUGUUCUUCUUAGCAGCACACACACAACCCAGAUAGGUUUGUGAAGGCAGAGCACAUAGAGAAAGCUUCAGCCAAGCUUGUUGAAUGUGACUUUGAACAGAAGUCCUGAGAGUGGCCUUCGUGGAGGAGCCAAGUCAUUGAAAGUUACUCAUCAAAGAACACAGAGGCAAGAUGAGGACCCUUGCCAUCUUCUUAUUCCUAAGAAGUUAAUGCUUUCUGGGGACUUAGUAAGAUGAAGCCGUGUUCUUGACUGCACCUGUUUGGGGUGGAGUCUCCAUGUUACUGAAUUUGAAUGGGGGAGUAAGAGAGUGGCCUCAGUUUAAAUAAGACAUAUUGUUGUUGUUGUUGUUGUUGUUGUUGUUUGUUUGUUUGUUUGUU